UCUCACGUGUUAAACAAAACAGAGACAAGGGGGUCGAGAUGUCCGCAGUUUGACGGUUUCUGGAGAGCAGCGGUGCAGCAGCUGGAUCAAUCACAACUUUUUUUUUAUUUUCUCCUUACUGGCACCUUUGUCUGAGUAUCGUACUGCUCCGGUGGAUUAUCUGUGCUGAGAAAUGGCAGAAGGAGGCUUUGACCCUUGCGAGUGCAUCUGCUCACAUGAGUACGCUAUGAGACGACUCAUCAACCUGCUCAGGCAAACCCAGUCUUACUGCACUGACAUCGAGUGCCCUCAGGAAUUGCCCGGUCCCAGUGGACAGCCGGGAGGCGGUGACGAUCUGACCCUCCCCAUGGUGCUCAUGGGAUGGGUUGUGGUGGCUCUCGUCCUGUUUCUGCUGCGGCCGUCCAGUCUCAGAGGCACUCGACCGACAGGCAAACCCAGCGGACCCCAUAAUAGUGACAGCAGGGAGCCGCCAGCCCCACCCGUGGACUAGCGCAGGAGCCAGACCACCAGCAGAAUUCCACCUGCUCUGACUGGACCUGUACAGUCAGCUGUUCCCAGGACAACUCAUUCUCCCUGUCAGCCUUCAUUCACUUCUCUUUUACCUUUUUUUUCAUUUCUCGUUCUCUCAUUGUUCUGUCGUUGAUUCUUGUUACUGGAGCUCAGCUGAUACUGAACCAGUGGGGCUAGCACAGAUAUAUUUUAUACAAUUUAGAUUUUAGUCAUCAUUAUUGCACAUAAACGCAAAAUAUAAUCUGUGUGAACAGUUAUACUUUUUUUUCAGCUUCAGCUGUUUUUUGUUUUUGUUUUUUUUUUUUUAAGGGAACCAGCUGAGGAUGAUGAUUUAGCAGUUAUUCAAAAGUAUAGGAUUAUUCUACUCACAAAAUAUUCAGCUUAUUACUCUCAAAGCAAUUCCAUUCUAAAUAUAAAUCUAACAAAGAGGCAUUUGGCCUGGUAUGUGUAACCAACAUAUGGAGCUCUCACACUCAGACGGAGGUUUUUUUUUUUAAUGCUUUUGGAAUAUUCCUCACAUUGGAAGGAGGUGUGGCGUGGUUUGCAGUCAGUCCCUGACUGACCUGCAGUAAUUGAUAAGUGAACUCUCUAAAUGUGCCACGUAUCUUGAUGUCUGAGUUCUUGCACAUCUCUGAAACGUUCCAGUCCUUCCACUUUCUAAUUCCACCUCUGAGGUUUGAGUGUCACCAGCGAAUAGACACAACUGUAAUACUUAAUUAAAAUUUCAUUUAGAGUUUGAUGACUUUAUGCUUUAACACAAUUUCUGUUUCUUAUGUUUACAACGUGGCCCUCAGUUGGACUACAUACUUGUCCAGACCAGCAUAUCGACAUGUUCUCAGCAGACUGCAGGAAGAAGCUGCUGCUGCUUCAGAGAUCAGUUGAUUUGUUCCUCCAGUGGAAAUGUGUGGAAAUGAGACUGAAACAUUUUUAUCAAGUUGCACAUUCAUCUGUGUGAACAAAGCAAUGCACAGAGCAGUGACCGUAGUCAGUAGACUGUAAAAUACUGAAAGAUUCAUUUUACAAACACACAUGAAGUACAGGUCUAUUAUAAGGGAGAGGUUUAACUGUUAACUUGACAAUCAGCUUUAGAUGCUCAGAUUUUGUGCUGUAGUUAUUUUAUGUUCAGAAGAAGAUCUAAAAGGAAAGUGACUCCUUACAGCCAAAAAUCAUAUUCUACUGACUCGUGAGUCAACUUCUUUGGGAAGUUUGAGGCGCCUUUUUUCACUUUAAUGCUCCCAAUUAUUCUGUUGCCAAUCCUUUAGAGUGGGAAUAAAUGAAAUGUGUCUUUAGGCAGUGCCAAUGUGAAUUUAUGAGUCUCAAAUUCAGGAUCCUUUAAUGAGUGGACAGUCACAAGAUAUCUUAUUGUCUGGAGGAGAAAUGAAGAGAGUCUGCCAUUGGUAGUUUCUUCCUAUUUUUUUUUUCUGUGUAACAGUAUCAAAUGUAAUGUGCUGCUUGUAAUAUGUGUGUAGAUUCUUGUCCUGUUUAACUUUCCCUUUCAAAAUAACAGAAACACUUUAGUUGUCAUCUCUCAGCCACUGGCUGAUCUGUCACACUCGGGCAUUCUCUAAACCCUCAAGAUCAUGCAAAUAUGUGAUUUUGCUCCAAAAAUAUUUUUGUGUAAAUAAUUAAACAUUAGAAUUGUCAAUAAAAGUCAACAUUCAAUUUAUGGUAAGAAAAAUACAACCUGUCCUGAUGAUAUAAGUUCUGUUUCCCAAUUUUGUAACACUACAAACUGCAGCCUUUAACAGAAAAGAUAAUAGACCCUUUGAUAGAAACUGAAAAUUAAAAUAGGCAUCGGUAGGUGGUUUUGUUUGUAUGUUUGCUUUUACAUUUCAUUUGCAUUUCUUGACAGACUGUUUCAUGUGUUCCUGUUUCCCUCUGUAUUUGUCAUCAUCUGUGUCGUAUGUGGUUAUGAAUUACAUAUCGGCCUUGGUUUCAGGGUGUUUCAUAUCAAAGGACUGAAAGGUCCAAAAAAACGGUAAAACUGUCAGUCGUCUUGACAUAUAGCAUCUUCAAGUUCAUGGUGCUGCUCUUCAUUCCCAUAUCAGCAAAUGUCCUCUGCACACUAAAGUACGACAACUCUUUAGAGUUGUUUUGGGGAUUUUGGAGAAAAAGAACCUUAAGUGAACUAACCCAAGUGUUUUUUUGUAGAGACCUGUAAUUACACUGUUACUGUUCAUGAGAAAAAGGGCUUUGACUAUGCACUUUUCCUACAACAAAAUUAAAAAAAAAUAAAUAAAGAGACUAAAGUCUU